GUGGACACAUGGCAGCGCGCACGUUCACACUUUUGAGAUCAAUGCGUUGAGGCAGCAGCAGGAAUCCUGCGUGUGGUUCAGUGACUGGAGGAAAGCAGCAGCAGCAGCAGAAGGAGCAGGAUACAUCCCAAACCGAGCUGACCUGACUAACACGAUGGAGGCUGUGAGAACCGUGGCUUGCCUGUACCUGCUGGUGGGCGUCUCGCUCCAGGUGGACGCGAAAAGUGGGAAGGAGACGGCGAGAGUCGGGAAUUUCAUGGAAGAUGAGCAAUGGCUGUCAACCAUCUCUCAGUACAGCCGUAAGACCAAACACUGGAAUCGCUUCAGAGACGAAGUUGAGGAUGACUACAUCAGAAAUGCUGAGGAGACCACCGGCUCUGAGGAAACUGUCGACACCACUAAGGACCCCUGCCAGAAUGUGAAGUGCAGUCGGCAUAAGGUGUGCGUUGCUCAGGGCUACCAGAGGGCCACAUGCAUCAAUCGCAAGAAACUGGAGCAGAGAGUUAAACAGUCAGAACAACAAGAGCUACGUGAAAGCAGCUGCAAGCCUUGCCCUGUUGCUGCAUCUUCACCAGUAUGUGGCUCCGAUGGACACAACUAUGCUUCAGAGUGCAAGUUGGAGCAGCAGGCUUGCCUCUCAGGUAAAGACCUGAGGAUCAUGUGUUCCGGAUUUUGCCCCUGCGCCACUGCUCCUGCUGCGAACGCUGACAUGAGACGCGAGAGCUGCACCGGCCAGGAUCUGGCUGACUUGGGCGACCGCCUCAGGGACUGGUUCCAGCUCCUUCAUGGAAAUGCGAAGCAAAACAACUCUGGCAAGCCUGGAGCUGGUGCCACCUCGGUGCUGGAAAAAAGCCUGGUAGCCAGCUGCAAGGACUCCAUCGGCUGGAUGUUCUCCAAGCUGGACACCAACGGCGACCUGUACCUGGACCAGACUGAGCUGGCCGCCAUUAACCUGGACAAGUAUGAGAUCUGCAUCCGGCCCUUCUUCAACUCCUGUGACAGCUACAAGGAUGGGAAGGUCUCCACGGCAGAGUGGUGCCUCUGCUUCUGGAGAGAAAAGCCGCCGUGCCUCGCCGAGCUGGAGAGGAUCCAAGUGCAGCAGGCAGCCAAGAAGAAACCCGGCACCUAUAUUCCCAGUUGUGAUGAGGACGGCUACUACAGGAAAGUGCAGUGUGAUCAGAGCCGAGGGGAAUGCUGGUGUGUCGACCUGCAUGGAGAGAUGAUGGGCUCCAGAGUUCAUGGAAACCCAGACUGUGAUGAAGUAACUGGAUAUUCUGGGGACUUUGGUAGUGGAGUCGGAUGGGAAGAUGAAGAGGAGAAGGAGGCAGAGGAUAACGGGGAGGAAGCAGAGGAGGAGGAAGAGGAGGAAGGCGAGGCAGAUGAUGGAGGGUACAUCUGGUAGAAGUGUCUGACCCUGAACAGAGAGCACAGCAGCUGGCCUAAAAGUCAACAGGCAUGGCUCUCACCUUAAAGAGUGGAUUUUGGAAAAGAACUGGAGAGGAAUGGAGUUAUUAUUGAUCUUGAGGUGCCAGACAGGUUCAAUAACAAGACGAUGGCCGGUUAUUUUUCUUUCUUAGAUACGUGUAAUUGCUUCAACCUUUACUCUGUUUUUGAGCGACAGAGCUUUGUGUUUUUCUGUCCUGAAAAAGGGGUAGCCACUGACUGUCGCGCCAUUGGUAAGUAAAGUCCGUAAAAGUUUGUAUCUUGUACUAUCACCAUCUAUGCAUAGAGAGAUUACAAGUAAUUUUGUAUUGUGUAAACAGUUGCUUAAGUAUUAAAGUUGCCAUCUCACUGGAACUAUUAGAGAUCGGGCAUGAAACAAACAGUUUGACACUUUGGGAGAUAAGUUUAUUUGUUUUCUGUAAAAUAGUUAGAUGAGAUGAUCGGUACCACUCUUGGACAAAUGAGAGGCGAGAAUUUAAAGACUAUAGAUUUGUCUAAAAAAAAAAAAAGUAGAGAUAAACAUCUGUAGUUUUAGUGCAAAAUUACAUUUUAAAGUACUAUAUGCCAGACUUUGCAGAAAGUUACAACACCAAAAUUGAAAAUGUUCUAGCAAAUAUAACUUAUCAAAAUCUGAGGGUUUUUUUUUACACUACACAUCGAACAAGAACAAUAUAUUGUAGUAUUUACUAGUUUUACUAGUAUAUUGUAGUAUUUACUACAAUAUAUAUUGUAGUAAAUACUACAAUAUUUACCACAAUAAAGAGUAAAUAUUGAGUAAAGAGCGGAAAGUAAUUAAAAUGAAUUUUCCUUCAAUUAUAGGUCAAACCAAUUCAGCACAACAACUACAGCAUGUGAAUAACACUGAUUAUCCCAUAUUCUCUAGUAAUUGAUUGCACUGGAUUUUAUUUAGUGGUUCCAGAGUAAACAGGGCUAAAUAUAAAUGCACACCCCAAUUUUCAUAUUUGUGUUGGACAAAUAUUAACAGUUAUUAUUGAAAAAGUACAUACAGAGCCAGUUACAUCAACAAAUACAGUGAGUAUAUUCAUAUACCAUCUAACUUUUUAGCUUCAUAGCUGAUCUGUGGGGAAAAAAUCAGCGUGGUGUUGUAGAAACUUAAAAUCUAAAACGUUUUUUAGGACAUUUGAAAUAUUUCUGGGUUUAAGACCUUCAUAUUCCAGACAGAAACUUCAUGAUACCAGCAAAUUUAUUUAUUUUUUUAACAAGCAGAGAUGCAAACUAAAAACCUUGUGAGCUUCAGCGCUGUUUGAGUGUGCAAAAGUAGCUACAGAGCUCAAUUUUAGCGAUGCAGCACAGCAAAGUUGAAACUGGAAGUUAGAAAAUCAGCAUUUUAACAAAAAAUUUUUAAAGAUAUUUUUCCUAGCAAGUGUGCUCUGAUUUUUGGCAUUCAAGAUUUGCAACCUGAACACAGAUUCAUCCGGCAGUCCCAGAAAUCCCUCCUCUCGCCCCAGUGUCUGCAGGAUGACUCGGCUGCGAAAAGCUCUGACUGUGCCUCUCAGCUAUUGAAGCAUUGGAUGCCAGAAGUUAUUUCCCUUCGGAAAAGUUGUCAUUUUGUGUGUGGAUCUUAAAAAAGUGGCAUUUUGUAAAAACGGCACACAGUCUGCAUCUGAUAACACAAGGAAGCAAAAAUACAGUCUCAGAAAUGUCAAAAUAUCUAUAAAAAAAAAAAAAAAGACAAAUAAAACGUUUAAAUCUACAAGGACAAAAACAGAAAAUGAAGCAAUGUUACUAUACGUCUUUCAAUUGGUGCUUGUGAACUUUAUUUUCACCACCAAAUUGGUGUUUGAAAAAGCAAUCAGUGGUUUAUCAAUCCCUGAUUAUUGAGCAAAUAAUCAUAUUUACUAAAUUGUCAAACUGUUUCUUUGAAGAUAUUCAGUUGUUAUGUACUUUAAAAAUCAACAUCUAUAUACAUCCAGUGUACAACUUUAGAGGAUUUCAUGUUGCUUUGACUUUGAGCCACCUUCGGUGACUGAGUUGCACCACAAACCAACACAGUUUUAAGUGUAUGUUUUCUGAAUUAAAAUGGAUGCACACAGCUUUACAUGGCCUACUGUACAUGUCCAGUUUGGGGACUCAAACUGCAAACACAAUAGAAGAAGCUGCUGUCCUUUGCUAACUCUGAAACCACGUCGAAGAGAAUGUGCCACAACGGCUAUUUUUCCGGGUUCGCGACUUGGAAAUACUGGAUUUUGUGUUUGUAAAGAAAAAAAAAGAAAAAGAAAAAAAAGUGCAUUACUUGAAGUUCUGUGUGUAUACUUGAAUUCACACUGGUUUUGUUUUCUAUGAGGAUAUUGUUGCCAUGUCUUUGUUCAUGCUAUCAACAGGGCAGAUGUUUGUUUUUAGUAUUGCAUGUUAGUAAGAAUGUACUUCUAUGCUGAGCACUUUACAAAUAAAGGCACUGGGGCCUAAA